AUGCACAUAGAGCAAAGUAGAAACAGAACACGAACACGCCCACUUAUAGAUAAUUCUGGACGUACUAUGGAAGACGAUGUUGAAGCAGUCGAAAAACAAAACGAGUAUAUUUUACUUCUGUGCUUUACAAAAGAGAAAGUAGACGUUAUUACCGGCAUUUACAACACAUGCAAGAUAUCUCGAGACAAGUUUACAAAAAGACGCUCGUGCUUAACAAAUCUGUACGAUUUUUAUUCGGAGGUUUACGAUAAACUAGAAGCCGAAAACUUGGUAGAUCCGGAUUAUCUUGAAUUUUCGAAAGCGUUUGACAAAAGGCGUAGCCAAGAAGUAGGUUUUAGAGCUGAAGAUUCUCACACUGGGGUGGAAUAA